AGAACGUUGAUGAGGAAAUAGAAUUCUCUGUAUUGGAAUUAACAGCAGUCGCCAGUGAAAGGCAGGGAUGACAUAACAGGCAGGACUGAACAUGGCCAGAACCUGUUAGAAAGGAUAGGGGAUGAUGUCAUAGCACUGAGAGGCAGAGAGAGGGACUGAUUGCCAUAUAAACCUAAAACAGAACCACCCUGGAAAGCAGAGAGGAAGUGCGAAAACGCAGGGGGAGGAGGAAAAAAGGGCUGCAAAACACCACAACCACUGCCGACAAGCAGAGCAGUAGUAACAGGAGCCUGGGAAUGGGGUGUCUCACCUGCACCCAUGCUCUCUCCAUCCUAACAGCCCUGAGCCUCAUCCUCCUGGGGACCUGCACCAGCGGCCAGCACACAGACACUGUUUUUAAAAGAGCAAGUCACUUGAAAAUGGACGAGGCCUUCCUGUUGAUUCACAAUGAAUUAAAAUCGGAAAAGUUUGAGGUCUUUUGGCUUUCUGACCAGUGCUUCCAGUGCGCAUACCAACCUCUAGUUCAUGUAAGGAAAGAAAAUGUGAGUACAGUAGUGGACGCAAGACACCCCCUCACUCUACAGAUCAAUGAGACCUCCACGAACGGAGUGCUUUGUAGUAUACACUACACUUUCCGAGAAUUUGGGAAUUAUUCCAUGUGGGUGAAAGCGAGCCCUGCAGACCACAACGACAUAAGCUGUGAUAUCAUUAUUGAUUAUAAUCCUGUAUACAGCUACCUUCCAAUCAUCGUAGCUUCUCUUGUAUACCUGGGCAUCUUCUGCGUUUUUUAUCUGGUAGCUUGCAUUUUCAGACUCGACAGUGUCCGGAAUUGGCUAUGCAGAAAAAUGAAUCCAGUCGAAACAGACCGACUCAUUAAUUCUGAGUUGGGAUCCCCCAGUAGGGCAGACCUCUACCAAGAAUUCCAUUCAGCAACUUCCAAUAGAUUACGUUCGCUCGACACAUUCAGAGGGCUUGCUCUUAUAAUCAUGGUGUUUGUUAAUUAUGGUGGAGGAGGUUAUUGGUUCUUCAAACAUCAGAGCUGGAAUGGCUUAACGCUUGCAGACCUGGUUUUCCCUUGGUUUGUGUUUAUCAUGGGAACCUCAAUUUACUUGUCUUUGAACUCCAUGCUGCGUAAAGGCAACACUCGGUGGAAACUGUUUGGGAAAGUCGUAUGGAGGAGUAUUCAGCUCUUCCUCAUUGGGUUAUUUGUCAUAAAUGAAAACUACUGCCAUGGUCCUUUGUCCUGGAGUGACUUGCGCAUAAUGGGCGUCUUGCAGCGUCUCAGCGUGACGUACCUGGUGGUUUCUGUCCUGGAAUUACUCUUUGCUAAGCCGACACCUGAUGCUCUUCCUCAGAACUGUUUCCUGUUACAAGACUUGGUUCUGUUCUGGCCUCAGUGGGUUAUAAUUCUAACCCUAGAAGCAGCCUGGCUGUGUUUGACCUACUUGCUACCUGUCCCUGGUUGCCCAGCAGGUUAUCUUGGUCCCGGUGGAAUUGGAGAUUUUGGCAAGUUUCCAAACUGCACAGGGGGAGCGGCUGGUUAUAUUGACCGUAUGGUCCUCGGCGAGGGACACAUCUAUCAACAUCCAUCUUCCCAUGUGAUUUAUAAAACAACCAUGCCGUAUGAUCCUGAAGGAAUCCUGGGAACCAUUAAUUCUGUGGUCAUUGCCUUUUUGGGCCUACAGGCUGGAAAAAUACUUGUGUUUUACAGAAAUCAGCACAAGCAGGUGGUAGGGAGGUUCUUUGCAUGGAGCAUCCUCCUGGGGGUUGUUUCUGCAGUCUUAACAAAAUGUUCAAAAAAUGAAGGUUUUAUUCCAGUCAACAAAAAUCUGUGGUCCGUUUCCUAUGUAACAACUCUGAGCAGUUUUGCCUUCUUUCUGUUGCUGCUCAUAUAUUUCCUUGUGGAUGUAAAGAAGCUUUGGUCAGGAGCCCCAUUUUAUUAUCCUGGAAUGAACUCUAUUCUAGUCUAUGUGGGUCACGAAGUUUUUGAAGAUUACUUUCCGUUUAAGUGGAAAAUGCAGGACACUCAAUCUCACGGCGAACACCUGGCCCAAAAUCUGCUGGCUACUUCUAUCUGGGUGCUAAUCGCCUACAUCCUCUACAGAAAAAAGAUAUUUUGGAAGAUAUGACAUCGUCACAGUGUUCCGUGUCAAAAAGGAAGUAACCACUGGAAGUGCCAUUUCCUCCUGGGAGUUUAGUGACUCUUUUAAAUGGGUUAUAGUGAGACCGAGGAUACAAUUAUUUUGGUUUUCUUUCAGCCCAUAUGUAGCUCAUUGACUCAGUAUUUUAAACGUAAAGGGACUUUUUAAUUUUUUUUUAUUAUAGAUAUGUGCUAUGAUUGUUCUAAUGUUUAAAUUUUUAUGAAUACGUACGAAUAAUGGGAACACUAAAAAUUUGCAAUAUGUU